ACAAACCCUUUACUGAUGGUUUAUACUGUAUGUCUCUCUGUGCUCCUUGUAGACCCGGUCCAGUCAGUCUCAGUGCUGUUGGAGCUGCAGGAUAUCCUGUUGAGGACGGGUCUGAAGGAUCGGAGCCGUCUGCUGCUGGGGCCUUUCUCCUGUAGCGCCGCCCUAGAGGCCAGGUGGUGUAGGCACAGCAGCAGUCCUGAACCUGAGACUGGGACCCCUAAACUACUGCUGGACCUGAAGGGAGGCCUACUGCAGGUGUUCUGGGGCCAGGAGCAUGUAAAUUGUCUGCGGCUGGUGUAUGAACACCUGCAGGCCUACCUCCAGAGGAACCAGGGAUCUGGGUCUGGAGGAAAAGCCCCCUUUGACACCCAGUCACCCCCUCCCCUGAAUCCCCUCCCCAGGACAGAACACAGCUCUGAUGACCUCCGCACCGGGCUGUUCCAGUACAUACAGAACUCAGCCUAUCAGAAACUACCUGGUCCAUAUGAGGUUGUGUUCUAUAACGAAACAGACGACAGUCCCGGCGUCAUGCUGUGGCGUUACCCAGAAUCCCGUGUGUUGACCUUCGUACGCAUCACUCCAGUCCCCUUCAACACCACCGAGGACCCCGAGAUCAGCACCGCAGACCUGGGAGACAGACUGAAGGUGCCGUGCAGCCUGGAGUAUUGGGACGAGCUCCAGCACGCCUUCGUCCCCUACCGAGAGUUCAGCCUAUCAGAGAGUAGCGCUUGCGAGCUGACCCUGCCCAGCCUGACGCUGACCAAUGAGCAGAAGGAUCUGGUGACCUCUGACCUGUGGAGGAUCGUCCUCAACAACAACCCAGACGGAGGAGACGAACAGAGUUCUGACAGUGAGUCAGGUUCUCAGCAGGGUUCCUCGGGGUCCCAGCUUCUGCCCUGUGACCAGCUGGUCCCCACGGCGCUGGCAGCUUGUACCCGUGUCGACUCCUGCUUCGCCCCCUGGUCCGUGCCCUCCCUGGGCGUGUCUCUCACCCUGGCACAGAUACAGCUGCACCUCUACCACCAUUUGGAGCAGCUGGGCACAGCGCCGUCACGUCGACUCCGCCCCUUCCUGCCGGACAGGAAGUUGCCCCAGGAGCAAGAGUACCUGGUCAUCGGGGCACAGGAGCCGCGGCUGUUCCUCCGCCAGUGGAGUGGCGGCGGUAACGUCAGCGCCACCCGGCUCUGCCAGGAGAUCCAGUUCUCCACCGAGCUGGACUGCAGACUGUUGGAGUACCGGAACUUGACUUGGCUCUGCCUGCUGCAGCCGUUCAUACUGCAGGGUCAGGCUGCGGUCACACGCUGCUCCAACAACGUCCUCCUGGACGGGAACGUCUUCGUAGACCCGGUCUUCAUCAACAUCAGCCAGAACACCGUACACAGUCUGGAUACAGCCCUACGGGGCUGGCAACAGAACGGGGAUGAAGGUGCAGAGGAGUUGUUGAUUAGUCACCAUGUGCUCUGUAACGACACCCAGGAGACCCUGAGGUUUGGCCAGGUGGACACCGAUGAGAACGUCCUGCUGCCCUCCUUACACAGCCACCAGUACAGCUGGAGGAGCCACAAGUCACCACAGCUCCUUCACAUCUGCAUAGAGGGCUGGGGUAACUGGCGUUGGUCUGAGGCCUUCAGUGUGGACAACGUGGGGACUCUGUUGAGGACUAUUCAAUAUAAAGGACGGACUGCCUCGCUCAUCAUCAAGGUGUUGCAGCUCAACGGUGUCCAGAAACAGGUAAUCAUCUGUGGUCGCCAGGUGAUGUGUAGUUACCUGUCUCAGGACAUUGAUCUGCGGGUGGUGCAGCACUAUGUGAAUCCAGAAGGCCAGACGGUGGUUAAGGAACAUGUUGACUGUCUGGAGGCUGGGAGGAAGCUGCCCUCCUACGUGCUGGAGGACUCAGAGUUGACAGAGCUGUGUGUCAGAGCCAGAGGAGAUGAAGACUGGUCUCGGGAUGUCAGACUGGAGAGGAAGGAGAAGGAGAGGGGGAGUAGCUCUGUGGUACAGGUGCCUUGUUCCAGCGGCUCGUUGCUCUACGUGUGGUGCACCCUGAUCACCAUGGAAACGGACUCCCACAUGCAGCAGAGAGUGGUUGUAUUUAGUCCUCUGUUCAUGAUGCGUAGCCAUCUUCCAGACCCUGUCAUCAUCCACACAGAGAAGAGAAGUCUGGGGCUGAGAGAGAGUCAGCUGAUCCAGGGACAGGGUCACCAGGAACAACUACUGAACACAGAGAAUGACCUGACACACCACCUCACCUUCCAGGCCAGUGAGGACGAGGAUGCGUCUCACUGUGCGGUGCCCAUCUCCACCAGUGUGAUCAAACAGAUAGUGAACAGGAAUCAGGCUGGGUUGGAGGACAGCCAGGACCACAUACUGGCAGACUUCUACAGCCUGAAGAACAACAGCCAGCCUCCUUGGCCCUACGUCAGCAAGGACACAGACAGGCCUGGAUCAGAAGUCCUAGCUCAGUGGGACAGCCCCAUGCAGGUGAAGUUGUCAGCCUGGAGGUCUGGUCUCAACACUCUUCUAGUAGAGCUCAUUCCCUGGGCCCUGUUGACCAACCACUCUACAUGGGACCUCUGGCUGUUUGAAGGAGAGACCAUCGUCCUGCAGAUACCCACUGGAAAGACCCUCGUUCCUCCUAACUUCAAGGAGGCGUUUCAGCUGGGUAUCUACUGGUCCGACACUAACACGGUCCAUAAGUCUACAGCCCUGAAGCUGGUCCAUGACAUGACGUCUCCGCGUUGGAAGGAGGGUGUCAGUCCUGAGGUCCUCACCCUGGACGAGGAGGGCUAUGUGGAGGCAGAGAUCCCCCUGGGGAGGAACCCUGGGAGACAGAAGGUUUGUCAGUUCUGCGUGUCGUCUGUGGUGAGACACGGCAUCCAGAUUAUCCAGAUAGAAGACAGGACCAUCCUGGUUAACAACACCCCCUACUUCCUGUCAUAUAGAGCCAUACUGUCUGACCAGGCCCUGGGGACCACAGACCAGGCCUGUUCUCUCCCAGAUACAGCGGUGUUCAGCCUUGCUCCAGCAGGAGAGAACACACCUUCCACACCUGUCUCUGUGGCCUGCUGGGACCUGCUGAGAAAGGAGGGGAGAUCCCUCAGUUCCCUCUACCAAGCAGACACGAUGUUCAGCUGCCUGCCCACCACAGACCCUGGACCUGUAGCUGGGUCUGAGUCCUGGAGCCUCCCGGCCCCCAUCAGGCCUGACUUCCCCAGGCAGAGUGUGGCCGUCCCUGGGGAGAUCUGCAGUAGCAGUGGUCUGAGCACCAGAGCGUUGGUGAUGACGUACCAGGAACACCUGGGCGUCACCUACGUGACGCUGAACGAGGACCCCUGUCCUCACAUGGUCAUCCACAACCAGACCCCUCUCUCUAUGCUGCUCAGGGAGAAUGUCAAGGACAUAACCCCCAGGACAGAGGUGUACUGCCGCCCCCUCCCUGCCAACUCCUCCCUCCACCAUGGCCUCUACCACCACUUCUCCAGCUUCCCUGCCUGCAGACAGAGAGAGCCUCUACCCACCGUGCUGCUGAAGACCAGUCCUGACCCCAACAGUCUGGCGCCCAGCGACCUGCAGGCGUCUCCGGAGUGGAGCGACCCCGUGGACAUCAACUGCCCCGGCACACAGGUGGUUUUCCUACCAGGGUUUGGCUGUCUCUACAUAGAUGUCGUCCAUCAGGGUGGCACAGUCAUCCUCACCCUGGCACCAGAGGGCAGUGUGGACUCUGUCAUGAGCCUGCACAACAGGACGUCCAAUCGGAAGCUGGCAUUCAGGGUGUUGCUGAGCGAGGCCAGUGUGUCGCUGAGUGAUGACAUCACCAGUCGUUCGGGUUCCGUGGAGCUCUUGAGGCUGACUCUGUCCAAACUGCUACUGAACCUGUGUCCUGCCCGUCUGGGUGACUCUGGCAUGGGGCUGGUCACCGCCGGGAUGGGAGAGGCCUGUCUGGUCGAAGUCCACUGUGCCAGCCUGCAGGUGGAUAACCAGCUGUAUAACCGUGCCAGCUUCCACUUCCCAGUGUUGUUGUGCCAGGAGCAGUGUGUGGAGCUCCCCCUCUGGACCAGCGAUGCCAACCCCACCACCUCACUACAGGCCCUGGAGGAGUUUAAGGCAUCAUGCUUCCUCCAGCUGGGACUCACCUUGGACAGGGAGGGCUACAGUGUGGACCAGCUGACCUUCCACAUCAAACCAGCCCGUCUCUACCUAGAGGACACCUUCGUCUACUACAUCAAGACUCUGUUUCACACCUACAUCCCAGACUCAGCCCUGGCCCCUUCCCCGGGCCCUUACCCCUCGGAGCGCUACGGGGGUCCCCUGCUCCCGGAGACCGUCGUUCGGUCCAUCCCAGCCCUGGUGCACCCUCUGAGGCUGCAGCGCCUGGUCAUUCAGCCGGUCGACCUGUUGGUCAGCAUCCACGCCUCUCUGAAGCUCUACAUCGCCUCGGAUCACACACCGUUGUCAUUCUCCCUGUUCGACAGAGGACCGCUCUGUACUACAGCCAGACAGCUGAUCCACGCACUCACCAUGCACUAUGCUGCCGGGGCGCUGUUCAGAGCUGGCUGGGUGGUGGGGUCUCUGGAUCUCCUUGGUAGUCCUGCCAGUCUGGUACGGUCCAUUGGUAACGGAUUAUCAGACUUCUUCCGUCUGCCAUACGAGGGUUUGACCCGGGGCCCCGGGGCCUUCGUCAGCGGAGUGUCACGAGGAACCACCUCAUUCGUCAAACACAUCUCUAAAGGCACGCUGACGUCCAUCACCAACCUGGCGACCAGCCUGGCCAGGAACAUGGACCGGCUGUCCCUGGACGAGGAGCACUAUACCAGGCAGGAGGAGUGGAGGAGGCAGCUACCUGAGAGCCUGGGGGACGGACUCAGACAGGGCCUGUCUAGACUGGGCAUCAGCCUACUGGGAGCGAUAGCUGGCAUCGUGGACCAGCCCAUGCAGAACUUCCAGCGGGGUUCAGAGAUGCAGAGUUCAGCAGGCAGCAAGGCCAAAGGGGUCAUCUCUGGAGUGGGGAAAGGCAUCGUGGGGGUCUUUACCAAACCUAUAGGGGGCGCUGCAGAGCUGGUCUCGCAGACGGGAUAUGGUAUCCUUCAUGGAGCUGGUCUCUGGCCUCCCAAACAGCUGUACCUCCCAGCAGACCAGAAGUCAGCCCUCGCGCCCAACAGCCACGUCAAAUACGUUUGGAAGAUGCUCCAGUCCCUGGGUCGUCCAGAGGUUCACAUGUCCCUGGAGGUGGUGAUCGUGUCCGGGUCGGGUCAGGAGCAUGCUGGGUGUCUGCUGCUGACAGGGGAGGUGGUGUUUGUGGUCAGUCUGUCUGAAGACACACAGCAGCAGGCCUUCCCCAUCACCGAGGUGGCCUGUCAACAAGACCCCCACCACCUGGGAGCGCUGACCCUCACGCUGCAGCAGCAGAGACUCACCAACGAUGUAGAGGGUGACAGUGGGAGGGAGUGGUUGUCAGAGCAGCAGUAUGGUCGCCUGGUGGACUAUGUGACUCGUGCGUCUGCGUUCCUCUCCCCGUCGGCCUCGUCUCUCCAGCAGGCUCCUCCCAUCACCCCGGCCGAGCCUCCGCCCGCCGUCACCAAGACCUACCGUUACCUGGUCAGCCCCGCCCACGCUGCCGUGUUCGUCUCCAAGUUCACCAUGGUCAAGAACAAGGCGCUGCGCAUCGGCUUCCACUGACACACACCUUUACAGAGACACACCUGGACAGAGACACACCUGUACACACACACACACACCUUUACAGAGACCCUGACACACACCUGUACACACACACACACACCUUUACAGAGACCCUGACACACACUCGUACACACACACACACACCUGUUGAACUCUCUCUUUAGGUUGAACAUCCACAAACUGCCUUUAAUGUCCUCUGUGCAAUAAGAAGCAGUUCCCCUCUCAUAGAACAAGGGAAGACGGUUUAAACUGAUUUACUCUUUAACAUUUCAACAAAACACCUGUGGCAAUGAACACUAAUGUCGAGGAGACUGGAGGGGCUACAGUACGUUCCAAAUGCCACACUAAUCCCUAUAUAGUGCACUACUAUAGACCAGGACCCACCCUAAUCCCUAUAUAGUGCACUACUAUAGACCAGGACUCACCCUAUUUCCUAUAUAGUGCACUACUAUAGACCAGGACCCACCCU